AUGGGCGAGCUCAAGGAUACACCUAUUCCCCGCGAGUUCAACUUCGGGCAAUUGCCAACGCAUGUGGAUCCCAUUGAGCGGACUGCUACGGCACACAGAACCACUCACCACCCCGCGGGGCGCGUAACGGACCACCACUUUGAUUCCUAUAUCACACUAUCCCGCGAAGGUCUUGCAUGUAUGCCCGAAGACUUCGUGGCCAUCGUUGGUGACUCGUCUUUACGAGCAAUCGAUGCUGCCGACGAACGGAUUCAUCAAAACCCUCCCAGGAUUUGCUUCACUGUUUAA